AUGAGUUUACAAGAAUUCUUCAAAGAUGAAUCAUUUGGUGGUUCUUGGGCAGAUACAGAUGUGGACAUGGCAUCGAUUUCAGUGCCCAUUGAAACAUCGUAUGGUUAUAGUGAUGGAUAUUCACGAAGUGGGCCAAUUCCAAGCAAUGGAAGCUCUGGACCUCCAUUUAUAGUCAAAUUGCUCAAUUUGCCAGUAACGGCCAAUGAUGCAUUCAUCGAGGAUCUAUUUCAAAGUAGAUUCACUCCAUUUGUCAAGUUUAAAAUCUUGACAGACCCAUCAUCGAAUAUUUUGGAAACACAUGUUAUUAAACAAGUGGCAUUUGUCGAACUAGAGUCCUCUCAGGAUAUAUCCAAGGUGUUGAAAUGGCAUGAUCUAUAUUAUAAGGGCAACAGACGAGUAAUUGUGGAAUAUGCAGAUUUUCAUGAUUUCCAAAGUUGUAUUCAAUUUAAUAAAGAGCAUGCACAGGAGAUACAGCACAUACAGCGUGAAUUUAUAUCUCAAAAGCAACAACAAAGACAACCAAGACACAUGGCUUUAUUGGAUGCCUUGGACCAAAGGGGGGGUCGCGCAGGAGGUUUUGGCGCUGGUGGCGGCCCUGGCCCUGGCUCUACACAUCAUGGGACUGGAUUCCCUCAAUAUUCUCGCAUGCAGCAGCAGCAGCAGCAACAGCAGCAAAACUAUUCUUCACGGGAGUUUGGUGACCCAAGGUCACCAGAAAAGCACUUUUCCUCUAUGCAACAUCAUCAACGCAACAAGUCUUUUGAGUCAUCGUUCCCGCCACACAAACCAUCAUAUAAUCAACCUGUAUUGGGACAGUCAGCAACAUCAUCAGUAACUGGACACGAAGUACCACUGCAGCCACAUAAACCAAAGUUUAAUCCAUUUGGUGCUGCAAAGCCUGUAGAUACAGUUUCAAGACAACUCGAGAUUGAAAAGAAAUUGAUCAAUUUGAAUAAAACAACGGUGCAAACAUUAGGAGAUAAUUCAGACGUGAAUGUAGAGGAUACAAUUAAGAAAUUCCAUGAAAAUGGCGCGUCAACAUACACGAGAAGAGAGAGUUUUACAUCGAGGAGACUGUCUACGGGAGAAAGGAAGCAGUCAUUUGCAAUUUUGAGAAGAGGCUCGCAAGGCUCACCAGAGCAACAAAGUUCAACAUCACACGAUUUUGGGGCAAGUCGUGGACAAACAGCUCCCCACAUUAAUAAUGAAUCGACAGUACAAUCCACACAAUCGAGUAAGACUCCACAACCAAAGAACGAAUAUGCUGCAAAUGGAACAGGAAAGUCACUUGCCCAAUUGUUGAGUGAAAAAUCUGACUUGGGGUCAAAUCCAACCAGUGGGAAAAAUACGCCUAAAAGCUCUACGCCUAAAACAGCAGUGGCGAAACCAGUAAUUCUAAAGAAGAAGGCAGUUAUUUCACCACCACUUCAAAAAAUAAACCUAGCUGUUGAAGAAUCUGGCCACGUGAAACAAGAAGAUCAAAAAGAAGAAGAAAAUGAAGAAAAAGAGAAAAAUGAGGGAAAAGAGAAAAAUGAGGGAAAAGAAGGGAAAGUAGGAAGAGAAGGAAAAGAGAAAAAAGUAGAGGUAAAGGAGAAAAGAAUAAAACAAGAGCUGGAGCAAGCUCAACCGCAACAGGGAGUUGCAAGAGAACAGAGAGGUUUUGCCAAACAAGCUCCGGGGCAAGAGAAAUCAAGGCCAUGGUCGAAACAGGCGAAUAGUUUACGUAAUACUAUACCUCAAGAGAGGCAUCGGAAUUUGCCAACAGAGGAACAACAGAAAGAGCAAACUGCUGUUCUGAAUGUGCCAAAAUCAAUGGCUGCUCAAAGAAGGAAAGAAGAAAACAGACCAAAUUUCAGAAACUUGGAUCAAUUAGUGCAGAGAUCUAAACAAAACAGGAACAAUCACUAUCAACAUACCGCCGGCGCCACCACUCAUGAGAAACCAGGAGUUUCUGAUCACCGUAUAUCACAACCACAACCACCACCACCAUCAUCAUCAUCAUCAUCAUCGUCGGCAACAGCAACAGCAACAACGACAGACAUGCCAAGUAGAAAAAUAGCCAACCCAGUGGCUGUUCAAGCAAAAACAGAACGGAAACUUGAAGACGAGUUCAAUUUACCAAUUAAAGAAGUAGUGACUGAAAACGCAGAUAUUGAACAGCACAUCCCGCGGAAAUUUCGAACAUAUCAACGACAAAGACAAUCAGUUCUGGCUUCUUCUACACCUGCCAUUCCAUCAACGUCUUUAUCUGCACUAGACGGGGUUGUACAUAAAGCCAGAGCAGUAUCAGCUGAAUUGAUCACACCACUACAACAGGCACCAUCGAAACCAUCACCUUCUUCCUCUUCUUCUUCUUCUUCAUCAUCAUCAGAGCCAACUAACUCUAAAGAGGCCGAGGCUCAACCUAUAAAGUUGGAUGAAAAAAAACAAGCUGAUAUGAAAAAUGGUCUAAAGGUUCAAAGGAACGAGGAACGCGCACACACUGGUACCCGAAAUCCUUCAUCUUUCAGAGGCAGAUCUAGAGGCCGAGGAAGAGGGCCUAGAGGGGGAGAAUAUCACAAUAAAUCAUAUAUCCGACCAAAACCAGAAUGA